AUGGCACGAUCAUCAGUCGAGCAGAAUGGAAACUCCAACACGAGUGGUCAGCCAAAUGAUCCUCAAGGCCAAUCUUCGAAUGGGAAUAGCCAUCAUCACUCGUCCUCUUCCGCUGCACUUGAACUGACUGUGCUGGGAAUGAAUAGUGGCACUGCUAUGGAUGGUAUUGACUGUGCCCUUGUUCGAUACUACCAGAGAACCCCAGAAGAUGCUUUACACAUGGAGCUACUCAAGUACGAUGAGAUGCCUGUACCUCAAUGGAUUAAGAAGCCCGUCCUCACGAUGCUUCGCGAGACCAAGACAACUCCUUCCAAGAUGUCACAACUCAAUGUACAACUUGGAGAGAUGUUUGGUCAUGCCGUCAAAGACUUUUGUGGCAAGCACGAAAUAUCGAUAGAUAGCAUUGAUCUCAUUGGAUCACAUGGCCAGACCAUUUGGCUUCUAUCUAUGCCAGAAGAAGGAGAGACACGCUCGGCAUUUUGUCUUGGUGAGGGCACAGUUAUUAGUGCCAUGACUGGUAUCACGACUGUGACGGACUUCAGAAUGGCAGAGCAAGCAGUAGGGAGACAAGGAGCACCGUUGGUCGCCCUAAUUGAUGGCCUUCUGCUGCGUCACCCUACUAAGUGGCGUGUCUGUCAGAAUAUCGGUGGAAUCGCCAACCUUUGUGUUAUCCCCCCUGAUUCUGAGGGCGGAGUUGACUCUAUGGUUGAUUGGGAUUGCGGACCAGGCAAUAUGUUCAUUGACAACGCUAUGCGUUAUUUCACCAACGGCGAAAUGGAAUACGACAGAGACGGCGAAUGGAGCGCUAGAGGUACUGUGUGCCAAGGAAUUGUCGACAAAUUUCUUAACACAAACAAGUACUGCAACCACACUCCUCCCAAAACCACAGGACGAGAAACGUUUGGCGAUAACGAAGGUCAAGAGCUUAUCGACGAAUGUCUGGCUGCAGGCUGCGACAAAUACGAUACACUGGCAACAAUCACCCGGAUCACAGCCCAGAAUAUCGUCAAACAAUACCGCACAUUCUUCCCUCAAUUUGGCAUCAGCCUGGAUAGAAUUUCCGAGAUCUACAUGUGUGGUGGUGGAGCCCGAAACCCGACUAUUAUCAAAUAUCUCAAGGAGCAGCUUCCGGGUGCAGAAAUUCGCGCACUUGAUGAGACAGGAGUUCCAUCCGACGCCAAGGAGGCUGUAUCCUUUGCCCAACAAGCUAUGGAGGCCAUCUUAGGUCGCGCGGCGUUGGUCCCCAUCAACAGUGACAGCUUGGUGCCCAACACGAUUUCAGGCAAGAUCGCUCCAGGCAAGAAAUGGCGCGAUAUCAUGAAGUUGGGGAUCGCAUUUGGCGAGGGUCGUUCAAUCUUGCCCACAGUUAAAGAGAUGAUUGUGGAAAAGCCCUAUACUGCUUGGAAGUCUAUGCAAGCUUUCGAAUAA